AUGGUGAUGUCGCAGGGCACCUACACCUUCCUGGCCUGUUUCGCCGGCUUCUGGUUGGUCUGGGCGCUCAUCGUCAUGCUCUGCUGUUUCUGCAGCUUCCUGCAGCGUCGGCUGAAGCGCCGCCGCGAGGAGAGGCUCAGGGAGCAGUGUCUGCGGACCGUGGAGAUGGAGCCGCUCAGCUGUCACGGCGCCGGAUAUCCACCGCCGCCGCCGCCACCACCGCCGCCUCCACAACUGCCCAGAGAGCCGCCUCAGUUCUGCCCCCCGCAGGCACUUUCACCGCCGCCGCUUCCUCUGCAGGUUCCUCAUCCGAUGCCACAGGCGACCUGGGUCAGCAUGCCAGACACCGACAUCUUUGGGAAGCCGCCGUGUUACGAGGAGGCCGUCCUGAUGGAGGAUCCGCCGCCGCCCUACAGCGAGGUCCUGGCUGAUCCGCGAGGGGGAACCUACCUGAAGCCCGGCCCGCUCCGGGCAACGCUGCCGCCUCUGAGGGAGACCCACAACCCGGCUCCGGCGUUCACCUCCGAGACCAGCAAGCCUCUGGCGGCGACCGUGUUCCCCGACCGGGGCUACUCCUCCCUGAUCCGCCUGCCUUCGUCGCAGCGCUGGGACUCCCUGGGUCACCUCCUGUCCAACAUGGAUCUGAACCACAACACCCUCACCCCGCCGGGACGCUCGCUCCAGGCCGCCGCCGCCAUGGCCACCAUGCCCCGCCGGGAGCCCAGGACUCAUCAUGAAGGACUCGGACUAAGGGCUGGAAUACAAGGAUUUCAAGGGGGGUUUCAAGGAGGCUUGCAGGGCCUUCAGGGCGUCCACGGACUGAGAGGCUUGGAGCCCAGCUGUGGGAUGCCGACAGCCUUCCCCCUGCUGGGUCGGAGCACCGCCGUCUAGACCUGGAUCCUUACAGGAGGAGUUUUUUCAAGCAGGAGAUCUAUAGAGUCUGUCUGCCUCACCGCCGCUAGAAGUAGAGAUUUAACUCCCCAAACAGCUGAAGGAGGGUUAAAGUGCUGCGAGGGCGUCAGGAGUUCAAUUCCCCGAGCAGCUCUGUGGGCGAAAGAUGCCACUUACUCUGCUGGGAUCGUGGCUUUGAGCUCGGCGUGCGGGUAAAGGAGGAAAUUACACACUGUUUUCAGAGCGGCGUUGUCGAGUCGCGGAGGUAUUCUGGUGUCACAUCGAAGCUAAUUGAGUCUUUUGAAGAAAAAAAAGAAAAGGGGGGCCGAGCAGCGAUCGAGCAGCGAGCACAGCUGUUUCUCCGCCUUCGUUUCCACCUCCAGCUCCCCUCCUUGCCCUCUCAUUCAUCCCCGAUCUCCUCUCCCGGCGCCUCGGCAACCUAUUGUACCAGCCUGCCGUUGCCAUGGCUCCCGGGAGCUGUCUAUUGCCCACGACGACCUCUCCUCUUUUAUCUGCUUUGAUUUUUUUUCCGAGACUCCGUCGCCUCUCGAUGACUGUGAGCUUUAACGCUGACAAAAGCACACGUGGUGGUGACCUUCGAGCCGCCGUGUUCCUGACAUUAGAGCCGAAGGCCGGUUUUCACAAAACAUUUAUAAAGGUAGAAUCCACAGAGACCGAGUGGAUUUCAUUUUGUAUCAUGCUGCUUCGUUGUUUUCAGUGUCGUCUUUGCUGCAAAGAGUCGGCAGGGCCUCCCUUUUUAUUUUAUUUCAUUUUUUUGUGGUCGCAGGAUGACGUCAGCCGGAUCUCUGAUUUUAAGAAGAAUUUUUCAUGUACAAACUUACUAUUGUUCUUUUAAAGUUUGUGACAAAUGCCUUUUCACUUGUGAAAUAAAAACAUCUUCAUCUGC